ACAUAACUGCCACAGCAGGUUAGGCCAAGCUCAGUCACUAACUGCCAUUAGUAAAGUAAGGGCUUUGCAGGGUGCUGGGAAGAUGAGAAGAAAGCAUCCAAGAAUUUUGGGAAGUCUACGACAUCCUCUCCCCCCUCAGACUCCCCCAUCCUCUGUUUAUCCAACCAGCAUUCGCCUCUUCCCAUCUCAGCCGUCCACCCCUCAACCUUCUUGUCAUACGAAUCCUCUGUCUGUUUUCUACCCGACCUAUUUCCCUCCUCUAAAGAACACUUCCUACUUCCCCACCUUUAUGAUCAUUUUGCCCAGCUCCUCCUGUGUAGACAAACUUUCUUCUAAGCACCGUGCUCUCUUCAAACCCUCUUCCUAUUUGUCUACCCUCAUGACUACUUCUCCCAAAAGAGCACCGCUGGAGAAUUGUCUAGUCUCUCUUUCUCAUCAGGAAGCUGGUUACCUUCAGUCAGAUUGGGAGUUGAGGAAGAAUUCUCCAGGCACAGCUCCUGGAAUUGGAGAAGACAGAUGGGACCCCACACCCUUGGAAACCUGCAGUGAUGGAACCUCACAUUUCCAAGUAACUCCAGGACCCGCAGAAGAUGUUACUGUCUACAAAGCUAAGACAAAACACUUGGGACAAGAUGAUUCUCAGGUGCUGCAUGCUUCCCAUGCAGCCAUUCUGGGUAUAAAAUAAAGCAGAUGCGAUUCACAGGAAUAAAUGUUAUUAUUAAUAACUGAA